CACUACCUUCACUAGAAAAUGAUAGCAAAACAAAAAAGAUGAAAUCCGAAAUUUUGGCAACCGCCUUUUUGGGUCUGGCGGUUAGGUCGAUAAUCUCGCUGUAUCCUUACUCCGGACUCGAUUCCCCGCCUAUGCAUGGCGACUACGAAGCCCAGCGCCACUGGCAGGAAGUCACCGUGAAUCUGGAGGUCGGCGAGUGGUACACAAACAGCUCCGACAACGAUUUGCUCUACUGGGGUCUGGACUAUCCGCCUCUGACUGCUUACCACAGCUAUUUGGUGGGUCGGGUGGCCAAGUCAAUGGAUCCCCGCUUCGUGGAGCUGCACCAAAGCAGGGGAUUCCAGUCGAAGGAGCACAAACGCUUUAUGCGCGCAACAGUUGUGACUGCUGACGUACUCAUCUAUUUGCCGGCAUUAUUGUUUCUGGUCUAUUGCAUAGACAAAACCUUCAAAAGCGAUGACAAGCUGUUCCUAUUUACACUGACUGUUGCGUAUCCAGGCCAAGUACUCAUUGACAAUGGACACUUUCAGUACAAUAACAUAUCACUUGGCUUUGCCGCCGUGGCAGUUGCAGCUAUCCUGCGAAGAAGGUUCUACAUGGCAUCGUUUUUCUUCGCAUUAGCCUUGAACUAUAAGCAAAUGGAGUUGUACCACAGCCUGCCGUUCUUUGCAUUCCUUCUGGGAGAAUGUGUGUAUCAAAAAAGGUUUGCAUCUUUCGUGGCUAAAAUUUCACGGAUAGCAGCCAUUGUCCUAGCCACAUUUGCUAUUUUGUGGCUUCCCUGGCUGAAAUCUCUUCAAGCGACGUCGCAAGUAUUGCACCGCCUUUUUCCGGUCGCCCGGGGAGUUUUUGAGGACAAGGUGGCAAACGUUUGGUGCGCCGUAAACGUGGUUUGGAAAUUGAAGAAACAUUUACUUAACGAUCAAAUGGCCCUAGUGUGCAUUGGUUGCACUUUACUUGCUGCCCUGCCCACAAAUGUACUCCUCUUUCGACGGCGAACUAAAGUCGCUUUUUUACUGGCUCUUUUUAAUACAUCUCUAGCUUUCUUUUUGUUUUCAUUUCAAGUCCACGAAAAGACAAUUUUACUGGCCGCCUUACCAUCCCUUUUCUUACUUAAAUGGUGGCCCUACGAAAUGGUUCUUUUUCUGGAGGUUUCCGUGUUCAGUAUGUUGCCUCUUCUAUCAAGAGAUGAAUUGUUGGUGCCUGCAGUAGUAUCAACUUUGACUUUUCAUUUGUUAUUUAAAUGUUUUUAUUUAAAUGCAAAGCAAAGAGACGAGUUCCCAGUGAGGUACCUUGCAAAUAUAUCAAGCAUUCUAAUGACUUUGAUUAUGGGAGCUUCUCUAACAAUCCCAGCCCCUCUACGCUUUCCUGAUCUUUGGCCCUUAGUGGUUUCUGUUAUAAGUUGCGGCCAUUUUGUGUUAUUUUUCUUAUGGGGAAAUUUUCAACAAUUUACCUGCAAGAUAAGUUAGCAUUUAAAGCAAAUGUCCUGUAAAAAUACAUGCAUCA